AUGGCGGGUUAUUUUGCAUGGCAUGGGUCUGUUUUUUGUGAUUACCCGGUUGCUAUGUAUGUCAGUGGAGCUAUUUCUACAGGUAAGAAUUUGCUUCUCGGGUUCACAAAAUGUCCGAAAAUUUCAUCUUUUUCUUGACUAGAAAAAUCCCGCUACAACCCACCUUCCUCGAAAAAGUUAUAUUUCCUUUCAGGCUUAUGGUGCACAGCUUGUAUGACUUGCAUGAUCUUAGCACUGAACCGAUGCUGCGAUUUGCUCAAGCCAGAAUGGAUGGAGCACUUUUUCCAAGGAUCUAAGGCCUACUUUUGGCUCCUGGCCCCAACGUUAUACGGUCUCUAUUUCGCCGUCUUUACACCACCAGUUGUCUUCACCUCAAUUUAUGACGGCGCUUUCUUCGACCCUUUCGUUGGAAUGCCCGUUUCUGAUAAGGAAAAGGUCAGUCUGAUAUCAUCAAAACUAAUAACAGUUCAGUAUACAAGUAUUCCCCAUACCGUAAACAAUGUAACUGUUAUCAUCGUUCUUUGCGUCUCUUAUACCAGCAUCUGCAUCUUCGUUUGUAUGAAAACUCAUUCGGUCGCUGGAAACAGUGGGAUGAACACAUUGCAAAUACAGGUAACUGGUACUAUCUUUCACUAAACCCAUUUCUAAAAUCAAAUUACAGCUGAUUGCACAAGCCACUCUCAUCUGCUCCUUGAUCUUUGCCGCCGCGACCGUUUAUGUGCUGAUGCAAUUUAUGGAACUUACCGGUUAUAUGGUAGUUAUUGGACAAAUUAGUUGGCAGUCUAGUCACGGUUUGUUAUUAAAUUCUUCUUUUUUCUAACUGCACUUCCUCUCCAAGUCUCCUCAUCCAAUCAAAUUUCAGGAGGUACCGUAUUCAUUUACCUCUUCUUGAAUAAGAGCAUGAGAACGGAAAUUCGGGCGACUUUUUGCCCUCGAUGCUUGAGCCGACCAAAACAUCAGACUUUCAUUGCCACGACUGGAAUCAACCCGCCGAAAACAAACAGCAAAUCAACAGGAGGGUCCGCUUUUAUGAUUUAG